AAUAAAUUCUGGAUCUCGAGGGAUUUGUGAGCUGGUAUCAAUGCCAUUUUCAAGAAUGGAUCUCAAUAAAGAUUUCGCAACAGAUUCGCAAUACGAAUAUCAUGGAAGGGACGCCUCAUGUUAUCGAAGAAUAACUGGUCCAAGUUAUAAUAAUCAAAAUGAGUGGCGAUAUGCUGCGUCAAAGUCAAACAUACCUUACGGUCCGCCGGGACUCACAGACGAGAGUUGGAGGUCACGACAACCGGAUAGAGAAUUUUCUCCACGCUUCGGAGACCGGAUACCAGACGAUUUCUACGGAAAGCAAAGAGAUUAUGAUCGACGUCCUGGCUAUGAAACUUAUUAUGAUGAUCCUCGUUAUAAUGUAAGACCUUAUGGAACGGCACGUGGCCAACAAAAUGAACUCUUAUACCGACGCAGUGGCGGUGGAAGACGGGGUCCAGAUUAUGCCGAUUAUGAGUAUCGAAAAUCGUCGUAUCCUUCGAGAGCGCAGGACAGGCAUUCUUACAGAAUAAUGGACCUUGAAGAUUACUCUCAAUAUCCACAGAAAUUUAAUUAUUUUUCGAAAUAUCCUCCAGUGAGAGAUGAUCACAGAUAUCCUGAUUCUAUGACCGACACAAAUCAAAUGGGACCCCCAUUUAUAAUCGAUCGCGACAAGGAUCCUAAUCAUCAUUGGGGAUACUAUGGUGGAACGUACGGAAGUCAAUACGGCUAUGACAACAAUCAUGUCUCAAAUUAUGAUCCUCCGAAACACGUUGUUAAUCCUCACAAACAUCCGCGACCGUUUAGCAAUAAUCACGUUUAUGGCCAAUUUUAUAAUUACGGUGGCGCUUUUGGCUACGGUGACAACUACAUUCCGAGUGAUAGGGACGUGGCUUACGGUGGAUCCGGAUACAUACGAGAUUGUUCCGUAAGAACCGGGGCUGGAUUCAAAGUGGGAAGGAAUCUUAUCGGCGCCACUUAUCUAGCUCAAAAUGUCGAUGAAUGCGAACAUCUCUGUCUUCAGGAAAAAACAAUACUUUGCAGAACAUUCGCCUUUAGGUACAACGUGGAAGCUACAGACCCAACCAACAAUUGUCACUUAACUUCAGUUGCUUAUAAAGAUCUGAAUUUCUACGACGAUAUAGAGCCAGAUCGAAACUACGACAUCUAUGUAAUGUCGAAAGAUAGAAAAAAUUGCAUACCCGCUAAGCAACCCUCUCAACAGCCACCAGACGAAUGUUUUUGGAGAGUUAAGAGUGGUUUCGGAAUGCCGGAAGAUGUAAUAAAGGAUAAAAUCACUGUUCCUGGUUUCGGAGAUUGUGAGUCGGAGUGUAUUAAAUCUCAUCAGUUCACAUGUCGGAGUUUCGUAUUCAGACACAGUCAAGGAGAAACUGAUGGUUCGAAAAAUUGUUUCCUAAGCAAUUGGUCAACGCAGGAAAUAACUAUUGAAAGAUUGAUUGAUUUCGAUGGAGCUGAACUAUACGAAAGGGGUAGUUUCGGUAGAGGAUGCGAACCUUUCCCAUUUUCUGGUAAAUCGAACUUUUCACCAACGGACCGAAUAGUUCCAUAUGAAGAAGAAGAAGUUUGUUACAGUUCCUUCAGAAAGCCUUGCAGAUUAUCUCCGUAUUCAGUAGCACUGUCAAUGCGCGUAGACACUGAAUUUGAUUGUCGUCAGAAAUGUACAAAAAUGAGGAAUAAAGAUGAUAUUCCUUGUUGGGCGUACAGUUACAAAAUUAGAGGAGAUAAAUCGGACAAUAAUUGCCUGUUGAGCGACGUUCCAAGCAGAGAUUUGAGACCAGGUGUGGAUUACAUUCCUGAUGACGAUCAUAUAUUAUUCGCAUGGAAGGAAUUGGAGUCAAGAUGUCAAAAAAUGGACGACACGUACGACGUUGUUGGGCCAAUGUCAGUGCCAGGAGGGCCACUUAAUUAUCCUGAUAGAAGACCAUCGCAAUAUGAUGAGCGCCCCAACCCACCUUCUGAUACUGAUGGUCCAGGAUACCAUUAUCCACCACCAGAUAAAGGAAAACCUAGUUUCGAUUAUCCACCAUCUGCUGAUAUGGGUCCUGGCUAUCAAUACCCUAUGCCUGACAAAGGAAAACCCAGUUUUGAUUAUCCACCUCCUGACAAUGAUAGUCCAGGCUAUCAUUAUCCUCCACCAGAUAAAGGAAAACCUAGUUUUGAUUACCCACCUUCUGCAGAUAUGGGUCCUGGCUAUCAUUACCCUAUGCCAGACAAAGGAAAACCUAGUUUUGAUUACCCUCCUUCUUCUGAUAUGGGUCCUGGCUACCAUUAUCCUUCGCCGGAUAAAGGAAAACCAUUUUACUAUCCACAUUCUCAUGACAAUCCUAGUUACUAUCCUGAUAAAGGAAGACCUGGUUACGACUGUCCACCUCAUGGCAACGAAAGUCCAGGGUACCAUUAUCUAUAUUCUGACAAAGGAAGACCGGACUUUGAUUACAAACUACUGUUCAGAAGACCUUCUCGGCCUGAUUACGGAAGACCGGAUUAUCUCCCUCCUGACAGUGGUAGACCUCCAAUGACCUUGUACGGCAGACCUCAAUCCGAUUACCACCGUCCUGAUCAUCAUCACCGAAGACCCUAUUAUAAUGUUAACCGAUAUCCACCUCCGGACGGUAAUCACAUUCCUGAUGAGUAUCAAGCAGUAAUUCCACUCGAUUCCGAUAAAGGAGGUUUUGGUCCACAUUCGGAUGCAGGAAUGUCCUAUGGACACGGUGAUCAUGACAAUAAACUAUUCAACUUAAUUCCAAGCGAUCAAACAAUAUUCCAACAUUACUCAGUGAAUGGCUAUCCAUGCAAACGAGGAACUAAAUGUGAAAGCAACAAACUAACUGGAUUUUGGUCUUGCGAAACGGAAGGAAGUGAAUUAGGCUCUUGGGACUAUUGUUGUCAACCUACGAGCCAUUGUGGCUAUUCAAGAGGCUUUGAUUAUCCUUGGUGCCACGUGGGACCAUCAGAAAAACAGUGGAGACCAUGCAGUGAAAAAUACUACCCCUACCUACCGAGUUCGCGGCCAAUAAUUCAUCCACAAAGAAGAAAUCAUCAUGAUAUGGGACGUCGUGUCGACGAGGGCGAUGUGGACAAAAGUUUCCUAAGCAGACGUUGGCCCGUUGCUUAUCUACACUGCGAACCCCCACCUGGUGAAAGACUUCCAGUCACAACACCUGAAGUUCAAAAAGAUCAUCCCUCAAACAGUACAAUAAGAAGUCGAAAAUGGAUCGCAAAAAGAACAACGGAACAACCGCCGAAAGAAUUAAGAUUCAUUCAAGCCGUACCACUGAUAGAUCCCCCCGAGAGGGAAAUUGAGAAUGCCAAUUCUACAAAAGCAAAUAAAUCCGAAUCAUUACUGACUAGAAUCAGAUCUGCAAAAGUUGAACGCAUUAAUAAUCCUUUAAAAAGUAACAAAUAAUAAAAAAUGUAAUAUUUAAAAUGAAAAAUUUUAAAUGGACAGUUUACUAUUUUUAUUGUAAUUUUUCACUAUUUUUUUUACCACAUUGUUUCGUUAAUUAAUGUAAACAGCAGAGAAUUCACGAUUUAAAAG